CUACUGUGGAUUGCUGAACUCCUGAAGCACGGAGAAGGUCCUUUUCUGGAACACACAGAUUAAAGAGGCUUGAAGAUGGUAGUCUACACCAGACAACCCUUCCUGUGAAGCAAGGCUAGUAAGCGAGAGUAAACGAAUAGUAAAUAGGAAAGGAAAGUAAAACAAAAUCCAGUUCUCAUCUAUAGUUACUCGCACAAUGUGCUCUUCAUUUAAAGCUGUGCAGGACAUUUCUCUAAGACCAUCAACAGUGACCUCAAAGUCUUGGAACUCUUCUUUCUCUACAAUACUACUGAUCCUUUGUAUAAUUGUUGCAGCUAUUUCAAUAGCAAUUCAGUGGCCAGAUGUCAUAAAGUCUAUCUCAAGCAACAAAAACAGGAUCUUCAAGCAACAAAAACAAGAUUUGGAUUAUGUAGUGCAACAUCCAGGCGAGCCGCUCCGGAUUCUUUUGGUUGGAAAAACAGGGGUGGGGAAAAGCAUGACAGGCAACACUAUUCUAGGAAAAAAGGUUUUUAAAUCAGAGAUAUCAUCCUCCUCUGUGACUGGAGUAUGUGAAAAAUUUAAUGCAGUUAUAAAUACCAGAAAUGUAUCCGUCAUUGAUUCUCCAGGCCUGUUUGACACCAGCCUAACUACAGAAGAAGUGGUUAGCAGAAUCAAACUCUGUAUCCCACUUUCUGCUCCUGGUCCACAUGUCUUCUUAGUUGUGAUUCAGCUGGGCAGAUUCACUGAUGAAGAGGCAGAAACUGUUAGGAUCAUCCAAACAAUUUUUGGUGAGGAAUCCUCCAAUUACACCAUGGCAUUGUUCACUCAUGGAGAUCAACUGGAGGACAAAAACAUUCACAAAUUUGUGCGGGACAGUCCAGAACUACUCAGUUUCAUCAAAACAUGCAAUGGACGUUACCAUGUGUUCAACAAUCAAGAAAAAAAUCCUAAACAGGUCAUUCAACUGCUCGACCAGAUUGAUAAAAUGGUCACUGGGAAUGGUGGGCAACAUUACACCAGUGAGAUGCUUGAAAGGGCUGAGAGAGAGAUUGAGAAAGAGAAACAACGCAUCCUGAAGGAGAAAGAGGAGCAGAGACAGAGGGAGAUAGAAGCUCUAAGGGCUCAACUUCAAGAUGAAGCCUAUGAAAAAGCAUUAAAAAGAUUAAACAAUAAUGAAUGACCAGCUGGAAAGAUACCAAGAUCAGACCGAUCCUCCGUUCUUAAUCCAUGUGGUCAGUUCUUUGAAAGAAGCAUUAAGUAUAUUCUUAUAAUGAUCAAUUUC